CACACCAGGCAGCCCGGGGUGCUCUCUUGCUCAUCCUCUUCAGCCCGCAGAGAUGGCUCUUCUCCAGAUAGGGGUGAGGAGAAGCCUAAAAAAAGAGCUUUCUACCUAGUGAGGAUGAAGCCACUGAAGGAGCCCGUGAUGAACAACAACAACAACGUGUCUUUCGUGAUCCACUGUCACAUAGGCAAGGAGAUCAAACACAUAUGCAGCAACUGCAGUUGCGGGAAGGAAGCCCGUGACGCGGAGGAAGUGGAGAGACUGGCUGCAAUGCGUUCAGACUCAUUGGUUCCAGGGACACACACCCCUCCCAUCAGGAGGAGAAGUAAGUUUGCCACUCUAGGAAGAAUUUUCAAACCAUGGAAAUGGAGGAAGAAGAAGAGUGAAAAGUUCAAGCACACAUCAGCAGCACUUGAAAGAAAAAUAUCAAUGAGGCAAAGCAGAGAGGAACUUAUCAAGAGAGGAGUACUGAAGGAAAUAUUUGAUAAAGAUGGGGAGCUUCCCAUACAGAAUGAAGAGGGAUCAUUGGAGAAUGGACAGGCUUUGAGUUCCAGCCAAGUAUCACUGCCAGCCCUAUCUGAAUUGGAGCCAUGUUCAGUAUCUGGGGAUUCCUGUACUUAUGAAGUACUCCCAAAUCCAGAGAUCAUGGAUGGAACAGUGUCUGAAGAGAGUCCCACGUCCAGUGAAUCUGGAAUCCACCUCCCUCAAGAACCUACAUCUAAACCAGUCUUGCUACUCCCCCCUAAAAAAUCUGCUGCUUUCUCUGGAGACCAUGAGGACACCCCAGUGAAGCAGCACUCCCUCCUCAAACAGCCCCCUGCCCUGCCUCCUAAGCCCAUUGCCAAGAUUGCCAACCACUUAGCUGAUCCUGGUGCUCCAAUGAAGCUGCCUUGUAUGCCGGUCAAACUAUCGCCUCCACUACCUCCAAAGAAAGUCAUGAUUUGCAUGCCUUUAGGGGGACCCGACCUCUCCCUCACAUCCUAUUCCACACAGAAGAACUCUCAGCAACCAUUGACUUCACAUCAUCACACAGUCCUACCAUCCCAAUUAGCAGCACACCAGCAUCAGUACGGCAGCCACAGCCCACACUUGCCUUCUGGAUCCAGCACGUUACCCAUGCACCCUUCAGGAUGCCGCAUGAUCGAGGAAUUGAAUAAAACACUGAGCAUGACCAUGCAGCGGCUAGAAAGCUCCAGUUUACAUGGGGGUGACAGCAUCACAAAGACUGGACCUGGAGGCCUUUCAGACAUGAGACAGGUGCCAACGGUUGUGAUCGAAUGUGAUGACAAUAAAGAAAAUGUGCCUCAUGAAUCUGACUUUGGCGAUUCUUCAUGCCUCUAUACAAGAGAAGAAGAGGAUGAGGAGGAAGAGGAAGAUGAUGACAGCUCAUUAUUUUCAAGUUCCCUGGCAAUGAAAGUUUGCAGAAAAGAUUCUUUAGCUAUCAAGUUGAGCAAUAGGCCAUCUAAGCGUGAGCUGGAGGAGAAGAACAUCCUCCCCAUGCAGACCGAUGAGGAGCGGCUGGAGCUCAGGCAGCAGAUUGGCACCAAGCUGACAAGACGGCUGAGCCAGAGACCAACUGCUGAAGAAUUAGAGCAGAGGAAUAUUCUCAAACCACGGAAUGAGCAAGAAGAGCAGGAAGAAAAACGAGAGAUCAAGAGAAGAUUAACCCGCAAGCUAAGUCAAAGGCCUACAGUGGAAGAGCUGAGAGAGAGGAAAAUCCUCAUCCGUUUUAGUGAUUACGUAGAAGUGGCAGAUGCUCAGGAUUAUGACAGACGGGCAGAUAAACCAUGGACAAGGCUAACGGCAGCUGAUAAGGCAGCAAUUCGCAAAGAGCUAAACGAAUUUAAAAGCACUGAAAUGGAAGUUCAUGAAUUAAGCAGGCAUUUAACAAGGUUUCACAGACCAUAGGAACUAAAUGUGUGGCCGUCUUGAGAACGUAACGGAAAAGAACCAUAAGUGCUGAUCUCAUUCAUUUCUCUGUUACGUACAGUGGUAAAUCUUCUGAACUGCCUUUUUAAAACCUAUAAAAACAUGCAGAAAACAUGAGUUUUCUCAUCCUGGGAAGAACUUCACCAUAUAAUCUGUUGGCACAACAUUUGGCAACUGAGACUAUCCUGGCAAGAAUCAUGCCUGGAGUUGGCACUUAUAUUUUAAAUGCUGCUGUGUGGAUUCCCCCAGCCAUUCACACAAAUGGUCUUUCUCCAGAUCCCUUCAGUCCUCUUUCAUCUCUGAAGAAAGCUGAGGCCCUUGGUAUUUGCCACUGGCAGAAGCUCUGCUAGACACAAGCUCAUUGUUCUGGAUCAACAUCUCUACCAAACAUUUCAUUCUGUACGGAGCACCUUAGAAAGAUGAUAGGGGUGAGCUGGGGAACAAGAUCCCACUCCAAGGAUCCAUUCCUCUUUGACUUUCCAAGCCCCACCCCAGGAGGAUCUUCGGGCUGGCUGGGUAUCAUCCUUUUGUUUUCUACAGGACCAAGAAGGAUUCCUCGCUAUCCAUUUCUUCCCUUUGAAUGAUUCUUUUGCUGUAACAUUUGGAAGAGUUCAAGAUACAAGAACUUUUCAUAACAAGCUUAUUUUUUACCGUGGAACAUGUCAUGCUGCCUUCUGCCCUGCUAACUACUUCAUGUUUCAUAUGGUCCUGUGUAGCAGUUGGAUAGCCUAGCAGUUCUGCCAAGUGGCCUGUCAGCUUUACAUGGGUUCUUCCAAUUCUCUAACGUGCAAGACAGAAAAGACAUGAGCUAAAGAGAACUAUAGAGUUGACUUUAUGCUGUAUGCCUGGAUGUUGAUUUUUUUUUUCUUUUAACAGCAGGGAUUUCUAUUCUGUAGAAUGCUACUUGAUAUAAAUAACGAAGUAUGCUGUUGUGAAUGGCUCAGUCUUAAAUUGAGAACCAAAGCAUUUGGCAAAAGGCUAGAGGUGUGAUAUUAUUAUUAUUAUUAUUAUUAUUAUUAUCAUCAUCAUCAUCAUCAUCAUCAUCAUCAUCAUCAUCAUAUUUUAUUUUAUUAUUUUAUUUUUAAGGUAUUGGUCUUAUCUUAAAAAAUAAGAUGAUCUUUGCACAUUGGAAAGAAUUAUGAACCCACUGUAUCAAAACACUUUGGUGAUACCUACUGGCAUCCAUAUCUAGUUCAAAUUAAACAUAUCUGAUUAUGCCUUUUAGCCAGAAACUUCAACCUCUUUCAGAAAAUGAGCCUUUUGCCCAUCCCAAACAAAUCAUUAUAGAUAUGGCAGCUUUAAUUCUCAGACUUUCACUGGUGUAAGAGUAUAAUCUGGGACCCAAAUGUGGUUGUACUUAGAGGAGACCUCCUGUAAUGAAUGGGGCUUAGGUUGGCAAUGAUUUAAGUUCUAUUGAUUUCAGUGGGUCUACUCUAAAGUGAUGGCUACUUAACUUCAGUUGAUUGGAGUGGGCUUCAUCUGUUUAUGAUUAAAUCUGGAUCCAAUCCAUAGUGAUUGGAUUGAUUGAUUUUCUUUUGGAAAAUAUGUAUAUGAAAGCACAUUUUAAUGGGUGACUGCAGUGAUUCAGGUUUCUCUUCACAAUAAAACCUGAGUCACUGCAGUGCCCAUUACAAUCCUCAGAAUUCCAUUGAAGAAGUCAUUAAACUAGACUAAAAAAAAUCCUCUUUUCCUUACACAGAAUAGUUUUGUCUAGUGAUCUUAUUCUGAGUACAAGAAAAAGAUGAGAUGAAGUAAUAGAGUACUUUGUUUUUAGAUAAAAGGACAUGUAUUGUUUAAAAAAAUCUGCAAAAAAUAAAGAGAUUAUGACACCACUAAUGGUCAGCAGAUCAAGUAGGUGGGCAUGUAGAGGGUGAACUGCUAGGUUUGUGGAGAUGGGAGGGUAGUGAAAAUUUUAAUUCAUUUGCCCAGUUUGCACAAAGCAAAUUUAAGGUGGACAAGCUGCCUGUUUUUCAUACCCUGAAAGCUGUCAUUUUAAUAUAGCCAGUUCUUUAUCUGUCAUAGUUCCAUAGCAUUAUGAAAGGGUGGAGAACCUCUUGCCCACCAUACCAGCCUUUCAGCCCACCAACCCUUGAGUGAAGCUCCUCCCCAAUGUUCAAAGUCUUAUUCUUCCCCCUCCCACCCUUUUCCUCUUUCUUUUACUUUGAGAAGAAAUAAUGGGUUGCAGAACUGAUCCUGUCUGCACAUCUAAAUGGGAGUUCCAGAUGACUUUAACUCCACUUUGCUCAUCCUCCAGGUCGCUCUUCCAUAAGAGCGAAAGCAUUUUUGUGCAUGCUGGAAGACACAGGGAAUAGUAACCCCUUGAUUCUUUCUGUGCAGGGAUACGGAUGUGGUCAAGAGAUAGGGCAUAAUUCACGCAUACAACGGAACCAUAUAGUUUACCUUACAAAAUGGAGGAAGAGAGUGCUUUUGCUUUCUGCAUACAAAUCUUUUCAGGUUUCAUACCAAUCCCUACCACCUAUACAAGCAAAUUGUUGCAUUGAGCAAAACUCUAUCCAUUUUCAAAAAGUAGAAGUUAUCAGCUGGAGUCCCACCAACUCAAUGUUUAAAUAACUGAUUAUUCCCUGAAGCUCUGGUGAAAAAUAGCUUACUUUUGAAGGUUGCAUGGUGUUUGGUCUUUCUAGAACACAGUCAGCUAAAUUCUUUGCUGUUCCUCCUACACAGCGUCAGCUGAAAUAAUGGAGUGUACCUCACUACCAUGCCAAAUUUAACUUUUUUCACCACCAAAAUUUGUGGGGAUGGGCAAAACAUAGUAUUUUUGUUGCCUUCCUCCCAUUCAUUUCACCAGGGCUUGAGUAAGAUAUAUUUCAUAUAAAUGGAGAAAGGAAAAGUCCUUUUUUCCUAGCAUAUUCAGCUUAUAUUUAUCUUUGCUUUCUAAGCCUCUGUUGUUCACAUGAAGGUUUCACACAAACAUCUGCAAUUUUCCACUCCUGGAGGAACCAUUUUUCCCCUCAAUGUCUAUGAAAGAGUAAUGAUUGCAAAUCUUGAAAAAGGCACACAGGGUUGCAAGUUAGACCCAUCUCCAGCUUGAUUAGGCAGUUUAAUUUAAUGGUUGCAGAACUAGAAAUGGGAUUCCAGUUGCUCUCCAAGUUAUUCUGAAACCAGUACAUUUCCCGGGCUCUCUUCCUGUCAAGUGUAUGUACAUAGUUUUGUCUUUGUAUAGGAGUGAAUGUGGUGACAGUCAAGACUGUGAUCUUCCAGUAUUGUAAUUUAACAGAUUAUGGCUGUAUGAAAAACAAUGAUAAAAUGUAAAUAUCUAGAGAAAACACUAAAGCGAAUCUCUACAUCUUAGAGUUUCAAUUUGUACAUACUGAAACUGCAUGGUAUUUAA